ACAAGCAUAUAUAUUAUUAUUUAUAAAAUCAACCCUACCAUGUUGCUUACAUGUUGUGCACUGUACAUAGUUGCCAAGGCAUCUUUUAUUGAUCACUCUCAAUUCAGUAGUUGACUUUGAAUUUUCCUUUAUUAGACUUUUUAGAACUCUCCCGACGGUUUAUAUAUAUAUAUAUUUAUCAAAUUCCAUGCUGUAGGUGUCAAACCCUUUCAUCUACAAUGGAGAUGGAGAGAUCAAACCUUGAUUCAGAGAUAGAGUUUCCUCAAGAUUUCAGAUGCCCCAUUUCCAGAGAUCUCAUGAAAGAGCCAGUCAUCAUCUCGACUGGUGUUACAUACGAGCGCAAGAACAUUGAAAAAUGGUUCUUUACCUACAAAAAGAAGACUUGUCCAGCCACAAUGCAAGGCAUUGAAAACUUCGGUGUUACCCCUAAUCAUACCCUCAAAAGACUCAUUCUUGUAUGGCAAAAUAGUCAUUCUCCAUCUUCCUCUUCAUCGUGUUCUCCCUGUUCAUCUUCAUCGUCACCUUUGCCAUCGUUCAAGCGAGAUGAAAUGGUGUCAUUGCUCAAGACCCUCGGCUCCAGUCCAUUCAAGGUAAAUUCUUUAAGAAAACUUAAAGAAAUUAUGGAAAUAGGAGAUGAUAUGAGGCUUGAUUUCGUAAUAUUAGGAGGGUUGGAUGUGCUUUUUCCAUUAAUUGUUCAAAUAUUAGUCGAUUGCUCGGAUUUCAUGACGUUUAGAGCUUGUGAGGAGGCUUUGGGUGUGCUUCAACUUCUCCUCAUAUCGGAAGAAGAUGAUGGGAAAGUGAUUGAACUAUUGUCUAAACCCGAAUGCAUGAAGUCAAUGGCUAUUAUUCUUCAAAGAGGAAGUAAAGAUGCUAGGGUUUACACGAUAUCAAUAUUUAAAAAGCUAGCAGAAAACUCAAAUUUCAACUGGAAUGUUAUUGUAAACGAUCAAGGUAUUAGUAUGUUCAAAUCCAUUUUGGAGCUUGCAUCGGAUGAGAUUUCAACAAAGGCAAGUUCAUCUGCUUUGCAAGUCUUGAUAAAGAUCUUAGAUUCAUCAAAGAAAAGCAGAUCAAAAGCCAUAGAAGCUGGUGCCAUGUGUACCCUGAUAGAGCUCCUACCAGACUCUAAUCGAUCCAAGUGUGAGAAAAUAUUGCAAAUAAUCAAACUAUUGUGUGAAUGCGCGGAUGGAAGGGUGGCAUUCAUUGAACACCGUCUUGGCAUUGGUGCAAUAUCAAAGAAACUGUUCAAUAUAUCGGAGAUGGCUUCAAAGAUUUGCGUGAAGAUCUUCUCGUUGAUAUGCAGUUUUCAUCCAACUGAGAAGGUUUUGGAGGAGAUGAUGAUCUAUGGAGCAGUGAAGAAGCUCGUGGUGAUGUUGCAUAUGAGCGGACCAUCGGCGACCAGAAACAAAGUGUUGGAUAUGCUCAAAAAACACGGUAACUUUUGGAGUCGAUACCCUUGUUUUCCUGGAGAAUUGAAGGAAUAUUUGGGUUUAGAUAAUCGUCGUUAGACAGCCAGAGCUGACUUAUUUUUUUGUUCUUCAUUUAUUGAAAGUUGAAACAUCCAAUCACGAUACAUAUAAUUAAUAUCUAUUUGUCCAUAUAUAUACUACAUGCUUGUCUUUUAA